UGGCAGAUGACUAUCAAGUUCUUUACAUCAUUGCCAAGUCCCUGUGACUCUGUAGCUUGGUAGAAAUAAUCACUGGCUGUGUACAAGGGCUCUGCCUGCCCCAGGAGACUUAACUUCUUGCCACCAUUUAUGACAUCGAAAGACUCCAUCCCUACUUGGAUGAUGGAAAUGUGUUCUUAGAGACAGACAAUGAGCCCCACGCCCUUAAAUAAGCCGUGCAGCAGAAGUGAUGGGCACUCCCUGGCAAGCAAGUCAUUUCUUUGUCUCCCAACAAAUCAGAUCUGGAAGAACACUUAGCACACUUGCUGACUCUGAUCUAGGAGGCCGCUCCCAUAGGAUAUGUUCCUGUGAAAAUGCUCUCUGGGAACCAUUUGCCUUAUUAAAAUAGCCAGGAUAAACUUAAUGGUCAGUUUUACUCAUGGAGAAAUCAAGUGUUUCCGAAAGUUCCUUAUUUAGUUAGCUAAUGCUUGGAUAAUGGAGUGGCAUUAUGGUCUUUUCAGAUGCUGAGCUUCCAAGACAGUGACAGCCCUCAGCAGGCCAAAGAUGACCCCAUCACGCACGGCUGGCUUUGAAGAUGUCUUAGUGGCCCGUCUGGAACCACAGCUGCUUUGCCUUACCUCCCGUGAGGAACUGGUCACACAUUCACACAAGCCUCUUCCAGAAAGUCUGAGAGACUGAACCUUCAUCUGAGAGGGAGAUAGGUACAGUUGUCUACCCAGAAUUUACCAUCCACUCAGAGACUCCUGGUCACUAAGUCAGCAAGGACUCCAUCCUCAUGCCUGGCUUGGGAAUGUGGAACGGAGGUGGAGGUCCUAACGUAGGACAUGCUACAGUACAGGGACAAAGACCUCAGUGCUCUCCAGGACAAGGAACACCAUUCACCAAAAGGCUCCCUAAGACAAACUGAGGAAAACAACACACUCUCUUCCUAAAGGUCCCUUUGACUCUGCUUGAGAAUCCACCUGACUCAAUUCAGACCCGAGCACAUCUGACCUCCCACAACUCAAAGACUGAUGCUCAAAUAAAUGCGCUGAAACAGCCUUCUAUGCCAGGUUGCCAGUAGGGUGGGGCAGAAGGUGGCUUUGUUCAGCGACUGUAAAUAGGAGGAGCCACAGCGUUGUUCAAACAGUUUGCAGCUCCUCCUUCCUUCCCACCCAUUCAAGGGACUUAAGGAGGCUCACAGAGCAGGGCAGGGCUCACUGCUCUUCAGCAUGGCUUACAUUGCCAAGUCCUUCUACGAUCUCAGUGCCAUCAGCCUGGAUGGGGAGAAGAUAGACUUCAACACGUUCCGAGGCAGGGCCGUGCUGAUUGAGAAUGUGGCAUCACUCUGAGGAACAACUACCCGAGACUACAACCAGCUCAAUGAGCUGCAGUGUCGCUUUCCCAGGCGCCUGGUGGUUCUCGGCUUCCCUUGCAACCAGUUCGGACAUCAGGAGAACUGUCAGAAUGAGGAGAUCCUGAACAGCCUCAAGUACGUCCGUCCCGGAGGUGGGUACCAGCCCACCUUCAGCCUCACCCAAAAGUGUGACGUCAACGGGCAGAAUGAGCAUCCUGUCUUUGCCUACCUGAAAGACAAGCUGCCCUACCCUUAUGAUGACCCAUUCUCCCUCAUGACCGAUCCCAAGCUCAUCAUAUGGAGUCCUGUGCGCCGCUCAGAUGUGUCCUGGAACUUUGAGAAGUUCCUCAUAGGGCCAGAAGGGGAGCCCUUCCGUCGCUACAGCCGCACCUUCCAAACCAUCAACAUCGAGCCUGACAUCAAACGUCUCCUCAAAGUUGCCAUCUAGAAGAGAGCUGCUCAGCCUAGGAAUCUCCCAGUUUCCCCAGGGAGCCUUCCUCAGGGCUCAGUGGGAGACUUUCCUCCGCAUCUUUCUCAGGAGACAUUGGGAGGCUGAAGCAUUCCCUUAAUAUUGUCCCCUUGCCUUCCCUACUGGCCAUUUCCUUUAGCUCCCUCAGAGCUCUUGGGGAGUUCACUUGGGGCUCUUAGUCUGGGGUACAUUCUGGGUCUUCACAGAAUGAUGGCACCUUCCUAAACCCUUCUGGGAGAUGUCUGAGAAGUUGUGAAGGGUCCAGAGCCAGCCUGCUUUAGAGUCCAAUAAAGGGUAGGUGUGGCAA